UGACUUAGCAGCAGUCAGAGCUCUGCAGGUGAUGAAGUUCCCUGGGAUGUGAGCUCUGGGCUGUAUGAGCUGUCCAGGGGCUCAAUCCAUGCUGCCUGACAUGAAGCCAGUGCCUGGAUAGUCAGGGCAGACUCCUUGGAUGACCUGUGCCCAGCUGUUUCCGGGGAUCCAAACUGCUGCUGGUGCCUUUGGCAGCAGGAGUAUCUCUUUAGCUACAACAUAAUAUGCAGAUUUUUUGGACAAAACUGGAGCAGGCCUGUGAAUAAUCAUCACAUGCCCUUGAAGGCAGAGGACUACAGCUCAGUCUUUUACCCUUGCUAAAUCUAGUUUUGAUGACCACUUAAUAUCUGUACCUGGAUCUAAGACAUUAAAUUAAUGUUCCCCAACAUGUUUUCCUCUUGAGCUCUUCCAAAAGAGAUUUGGUUUGUGCUGCAGCACAGGAAUGGAUGGCAUGAGGUGGGAAUGGCUCCUCUGUUGGGGGACCCCAGGAUUGCUGUUGAUUUUCUCAUCAAGGUAUCUCAGAGCUGUGCCAGGUGCCUCAGAGCCCUGUACCUUGAAGCUGAGCCUCUGAUCAGGGUUGUCUCUGGGAUUAGUCUGCAGAGAGAGCUGGUGCUGUGGGAUGAAAGCCAAACUGAGCUUUCCUCAUACGCCCCCAGGCAGCAGAAGUCCUCAGAAGAACUGGCAGAGAGUGACAAGGACCUGCUAAUCCCUCCACAGCUGCUAGAGAUGCCAGAGGGCCCAUCAGUGAGGAAGUUCCAGCUGCUGACCUCCCCUUUUGUGGGGCAGGUGGUGGCCAAGGUGGGGGGAAGCAGCCAGAAGCUCAAUGUGAAUGACCUGAAUGCCCUGAGGCUCCAGGACUCCCAGGCUCAUGGGAAGAACUUGUACCUGGCAUUUGUGGCAGCUGAAGCUCCCUUUGGACCAACCGCAGAAGAGACAGCGUUGCAAAGAGAGGCUGCUUGUGGGGCACACUGUCCUGCCCAAGGACAGCAAGGACAGGCUGGUGCUCCACGUUCCCAUUCCCAGGAUGAGGAGCUGCAGGAACCCCAGCGCUCAAGAUCUGAAGCCCCAGAGGCAGCAGCGGGUCGGGGCAAUUGGCUGCGCAUCCACUUUGGCUUGUUCGGCAGCGUCCGGGCAAACGAGUUCUCGAGGGCAAACAGAGCCAAUAAAAGAGGGGACUGGAAGGAUCCUGUGCCCAGGCUGGUUCUGCACUUCGAGAGUGGAAGCUUCCUUGUUUUCUACAACUGCCGGAUGCUCUGGUGCUCCUCUCCGAGGGCUGAUCCUGCUUCUGAUAUCCUGUCUGUGGAUUUCCACUGUGGCCGGGCGCUGCAUGCCCUCUGUGCACCCGAUCCCAUCUGCUACACCCUCCUAGACCAAAGAUAUUUUUCAGGGCUGGGGAACAUCAUUAAGAAUGAGAUCUUGUACCUGGCCAGGAUCCACCCCUUAACGCCGGGCUCCCUCUUGGCUCUCUCCGAUCGGGAGCGUCUGCUGGACUGUGCCGUUCAGUUCAGCUCUGAGUGGCUGCACAACAAACUGCGGGGCCAAGGGCUGCACCCCCAGGUGUACCAGAAGGAGCAGUGUCCCCUGGGGCAUCCCCUGAUGAAGGGCACUUUUGGACCCUUGGGUGGCUUCAAGAGACUUACGUGGUGGUGCCCUCAGUGCCAGCCUGCGGUGCUGCCAGGGGAUGGGGACCCUUCCCCAGUCACUGGCUGACCUGUCCUGCAGGGUGCUGGGUGGUGUCUCAUCCAUGCUCUUCGUUGUCCUAAAAGCUCUCUGGUUUUUUUUGAGGCUGUUGAGUUUGGUCCUUAGGGAGUUGACAGAGUUAAGUGCUCAGUGGAGGUCCCAGCUCCCCUGAGUGGCUGCAGAAAGGAAAAACUGGCUGUCCAUGGUUUUUGUGGUUUUGUUUUUCGGUUUUUUUUUUGGUCACAGUGGUGCAACAGUGUGAAGAGUUUGACCAGUUCUGAGGAGUACUGAUGGCCCUGUUCAGGUGGCAGUGGAUGGGAAGAGUAAAGGGUUGAGCAGGGGAUUGCUGUGGUUUGAAGUGACCCUGUCCCUUGACCCUGGAGGAGUCAGCAAAACAAAGGAUAUCCCUCUGCCUAAACAGCUUGAUUAAUUAGGAAUUAAAUAAUCCUGCCUCUGUCAGGAGCUGAAUACCUGUGCUGGGGUGUGGUUAAACAUGAGGGGCUGUUCCCUGUGUCAGAUGUGACAGGCACAGCUCCCUUCUUCCACGUCAACAUAGACAAAAUAUACGUCAGCAGGGCUUGGUAGAGCUCAUCUCUGUACCCACAGGUUUCAGCUUUGUGGCAAACUGCCAAUUCCAGAUCUCACUGUAAAAGUAAAAAAUACAGCGUGUGACAGUGUUUCAUAAAACUCAGGAUCUCCAAGGAAACCUGAAAGCAGAAAGGUUUGGAAAUAGAGCUGUGUCUCUAUACACUAGGUGGGAGCUGCUGCUGUCCUCUCUCCCUGGAUUUGAGUUUAAUAAUAAGUUUUUGACUUGAGCAAAAAAAAUAAAGGUUGGAAUUAG